AUGUGCAAAGCUGCUGUUGGUGUGGCUGACAUUGACAAGGGUCCAUCCCAAGCUGUAGCAGGACGCAUUGUUGAAGUCACUGAUUUUCUCACGAAUACUCUCUACGGAGAUGAUCUCAAGCGCCUGAUAAUUGAAGAUAGAGCCUGGGAGGCAUUUGUAGAGGCAGCAGAGUUGUCAAGCGAGGAGGAAGCUGCACUGCAUGAUGCACUGGAGGAGCGUUUAGCCCAGGAGCCCACAGAUGAAAAGGACAGGCUGCAGAAAAGGAGGUUUUUGGAAGAAUUUCCUGAGUUGAAAAGGAAGCUUGAAGAACACAUCAGGAAGCUUCGAGACCUGGCUGACCAUCUUGACCAGGUGCACAGGGGCUGCACCAUCUCCAAUGUGGUGUCUGGCUCUGUCAGCAUUGCCUCUGUACUUGGAUUAGCUCUGGCCCCCUUCACAGGAGGGACCAGUCUGCUGCUCUCAGCAACUGCGGCGGGGCUGAGAGCAACAGCAGGUGUGACAGGUGUCACCACCACUGUUGUGGAAGAAUCAAUCAGAGUGUCAGAUGAGGCUGAAGCCAGGCGCCUAGUUGGGACAAGCACAAAGAUAGUUGAGGAGAUUGGGAAGAUCAUCCCUAAGUGCGCAUUCAAAUUAAUUAACACAGGUGGAUUAGUCAGUGCGUGGAAAACCAUAGGGCAGCAGAUCCGUGCCUUCAGGGUGACCAGGGCCAGCUCUCGCUCGGGAACACAGGCCAGGAAUCUUGGAAACUUUGCCCAAGUUUCUGUGCAGGUGGGGAAUACCUUAUCUCGCUCUGCUACCCCAAUGACCAGAGGAGCCAGGAUCGGAGGAGCAAGCGUUACUGGUAUCUUACUUGGAUUCGAUGUGUAUCACCUUGUGACUGACUCAAUGGAUUUGCACAGUGGGGCAACAACAGAGUCAGGGGGAGCGCUGCAGGACCUGGCUCACAAGCUGGAGGAGAAGUUGCAGGAAUUUGAGCAGAUCCACAAAGAUCUACAGUCAGACCUGCCUCAGUGA